GAGACAGAGAGGGAGAGAGGGGGCAGGCGUCAGUGCUGAGGGCUCGCUGGGGAAUCAAAGAGCAAAGGCAGAGCGUGGACACAAUGAAGCGGCUAACAGACGGACCAUAACUGGAGCAACGACCCUUUCGUGCACAGUGGAAACAAGUGCGUGGCCACUCCGGGGGAAAACAGGGAGCUAUGUCGUUAAAGCCCGGCCACGGCGACGCUUGAUCAACCAUGAUGAAGACCGAAACCCCGUCCGCAGCAAGCGGCGGCAGCAGCAGCAGCACCUCGCUCCGGAGUCCGUCCCCGCACAGGAACGCCUACGAGGCGGGUAUCCAGGCGCUCAAGCAGGCAAAGGAUGCCCUGAAUAACGCUGCGAACGGGGAUGAAGGCAAGGACGGCAAGCCCAGGCCCUCUGCCCGGGGACGCAGGUAUGGCUCCAACGUCCAUCGCAUCAAGAACAUGUUCAUGCAGAUGGGGUCUGUGCCCGGGGAGGAGGAGGAUCCGGCGAAGGCUAAAGACCAGUCGGUGCGGCUGUCCCUCCCCAGGGCCAGCAGCCUGAACGAGAAUGUGGAUCACAGCGCUCUCCUCAAGCUGGGUGCCACCGUUUCGGAGCGCGUCAGCCGCUUUGACUCCAAGGUGGACUCCCCGCGGGGCCCCUCGGGCUUCUCUAAGCUGCAGGAGACGCGCAAGAUCUUCGAGCAGCGGCACCUGCAGGAGAAGCAGGCGGCCACCAACCGCAUCCUGCUGAAGAAGGAGCGGGCGGCGGGCUUCCAGGACAGCCGGCUGGAUGUGGUGGUGCGUUUCAACGGCAGCACUGAGUCCCUGGACAGCCUGGACGUGGGGGGCGCCGGGGAGGCCGUCUCGCCCACCGUCAGCCAGCUCAGCGCCGUUUUCGAGAAGGCCGACCUCCGCAAUAACCUGCACCGGCCCUCCUCUGCCUCCAGGGCCGUGGGGGUCCUCAACUCCAAAGUCAUCACCAGAAGGGGGCGCGCGUUCCCCCCCGUCAGCCAGGAUGACGCGGGGCCCCAGAAGGCUCACGAAGGGCCACCUCGAAGCCCCAGGAGCAAAGCGGGCCCCCAGAACGAGGAGGCCCCUUCCUCUGACAGCAUUAGUUCGGGGGUCAGGGCUAGGGCUGAGGAGCUUUGCAAGAUCAAGCCAGAGACAGAGGUGGGCAAGCAGCGGGCUGUGGACUCUGGCACCCCUGAGCCGGCUGAGAGGGAGUCUGAAGCCAGGGGGCUUGAAGACACCGCUGGCAGCAACGCCUCAGAGAUAGGGAGCAGACUGGUGCAGGCCGAGAUUCACGCCUCCCUGGAGAAUGGGGAGAGCACCGCGGAGAAGGAGGCCUCUGAGGCCGGCUCCUCCUUACCAGACCGCUCCGGCUCCGAGAAGGCAGCGGAGGAAGGUGAGAGCACUCACGGGGACGAGCCGGAGGAUUCGCCUCCAGGAGAGGAUGGGGGGGAGGAGUCCCGGAGGGAGGAUUACUCGGAGGCGGACCUGGUGGAUAUCAGCGCGUACAGCGGCAUCGGGGAGGACUCGGGCGGCAGCCAGCUGGACGAGGAUGAGGAGGAGGAGGAUGAGGCCUACGAACCUGAGUCCAGCUGCUCUGAGAUCCCAGGGCUGCCCACAGAGGAGGAGCUGCCCCCGGGCCGCAAGAUCCGCUUCAGCAACUCACCGAUCAAGGUGUUCACCACCUACUCCAACGAGGACUACGACCGGCGCAAUGAUGACGUGGACCCGAUGGCGGCCUCGGCCGAGUACGAGCUGGAGAAGAGGGUGGAGCGGCUGGACCUGUUCCCUGUGGAGCUGGAGAAAGACGGAGAUGGCCUGGGAAUCAGUAUCAUCGGGAUGGGCGCCGGGGCAGACAUGGGCCUUGAGAAGCUGGGCAUCUUCGUCAAGACGGUCACCGAGGGAGGGGCCGCUCACCGGGACGGCAGGAUCCAGGUGAACGACCUGAUCGUGGAGGUCGACGGCACCAGUCUGGUGGGGGUGACCCAGAGCUUUGCUGCGUCGGUCCUGAGGAACACCACCGGAACUGUCAGGUUUGUGAUUGGGCGGGAGAAGCCGGGGGAGCAGAGCGAAGUGGCCCAGCUCAUCCAGCAGACCUUGGAGCAGGAGCGUUGGCAGCGCGAGAUGAUGGAACAGCGCUACUCCCAGUACAUGGACGACGAGGAUGAGACCGGAGAGUACGCCACCGACGAGGAGGAGGAGAUGAGCCCCAUGUUCCCCAACGCCAUCGAGGUCUUCGAUCUGGCGGAGAAUGAGGACAUGCUGUCCCCCAUCGAGAUGGACCCGGAGAAGCUGGCCCACAAGUUCAAGGAGCUUCAGAUAAAGCACGCUGUCACCGAGGCUGAGAUCCAGCAACUGAAGAGAAAGCUGGCCCAUGCUGAACAGGAGAAGCUUCGCUGGCGCAUGGAGAAGGCGCAGCUGGAGCAGAGCGUGAAGGAGAACAAGGAGCGCAUGGAGAAGCUGGAGGGCUACUGGAUGGAGGCGCAGAGCCUGUGCCAGGCCGUGGACGAGCACCUGAAGGAGACGCAGGCCCAGUACCAGACCCUGGAGCGCAAGUACAGCAAGGCCAAGCGCCUCAUCAAGGAGUACCAGCAGAAGGAGAUCGAGUUCCUGAAGAAGGAGACAGCCCAGCGCCGGGCCCAGGAAGAGUCAGAGGCUUCCCACAAGGAGGAGACAGAGACUCUACAGGACAAGAUCUCAGACUUGGAGAACAAGGUGGACGCCCUGAAGACCUCUGACCCCUCAUAGAGCUUCAGGCCACAAGAAGAGCUGCUUCGGACCCAGGCCACCUAUGUUAUCUACGUUUCUCCAGAGCGAGUGCAAGAACGACAAGAGAAAAAAAGCAAAAAUUGAGACUGUCUUCAGAGAGAGAAACAGAGAAAGAACAGAGCUGCAAUUGGGGAAGGGGGGAUUCAAAAAGGAAGAAAAAAAAACAAAAAACAAAAAUGUUUCAUCUGAGUUCUUUCAUCCUUUUAGCUGUGCUUUUGACCCCAGAAUACCACUCAUCCCAAAUUCCCAGUUUUGGUCUGGGCAGGGUCUCGUAUCGCGUACCUUCAGGGUUCUACCGCCAGUUACGUUUCUAUGCCGACUGACAGAAAUGAGGCGCACGGAGGUCAUUUGUAUUGUGUGCUUUUGGUUUUACUCUCAUUUCCUUUUUCCUAACUAGCUAGUAAUACUGCCACUACCUGCUGGCUCGCCUUUCUGUUUCACUGACUUGCUGGCUGAAUGUCCCAGGAAUGGGAAGUAAGGACACGGAAGAACUGCUCUGGCCACAUUAUUCUUUAGACGUUCAUAUCAGGGGCUGUCCUUCUGUUGUACGUUGUAAAUGCUCGGACUAACAAACUUGGCUACCCUUUUCCCCUGUCUCCCCUAGAUGUUGUAGGACUUCAAGCCUGAGGUUGUACAGAAUUGAGGCAGUAUGCAAAAUGAGAUAGGAUUGGUGUGUAUAUAUUCUUUAUAUAUGUAUUUAAAGUUGUCCUAAAGCUUACGUGAUUGGAGGGAGCACGUGCGAACUGUGGAUAGGCCUCUGUAUUUAAAGGAGUGUGUGUGUUGUGGUGCGUGUGCGUGUGUGUGGUGGGGGUUAGGUUCGGAAGAAGUCUGGGAAUUCCACAUUUGUAGGCCUGGAAACAGGCAGAAGCGCCUUUGUGUAUUUUUAGAAAAUGGAAAACAGGGUGUGAAGACUCCAUUUAACGUGUACAGUAGUGUUAUCCAUCUCUGUGGUCCCCUCGAUUAGAACAAGGAUCCAGCCCGUCACCUAAAUAACGCUCUUGCCCUUUGCAAAGUCGAGACCAGGAAUGGCAGUUUGAGGUAUGGGGCGGUCCCAGGCCCCCUGUGAGCCGUGCACAGCUUGGGGUUGAGCUGGAUAGGUAACCCAGGGAGCAGAAGUGCAGAAGAAAGCGAGGGGCAGUCUGCCUCGGGUGUGUGCUGCUGUUUGCCUCGACCGCAGCGCCUCGAACGGUCUUCGUGCCCCAGCCCACUCAAACCUCAGAACUAGACAGCUGCCUUGCCGUCCGCACUGCCCGUCUCCGUCACGCGUCGGCGUUCCCAGGCUUUCAGCCAGUUGCGUGUGGCGCAGAGAACGGUCCCUCUCGUGUUGUGUAUGUGGGGACCGCUCUGUGUUCGACCACAUCAAUGCUUUAAUCUCAUAAAGGCCUUAUAGACUCGCCUGGUAUGCAGGGCUCCAAGGAAACUACUGGCUGGAUGUCGGCAACACUGACGCGCAUGCAGUAUGUUCUCCCUGGUUGCCGGACACAUGACAUGAAUAGUGUCCAUUGUUUCAUUUCCUAACUGCUCAAGAAUGCCCUUUUAGACAUGAAACAUGUUUAACGCUUUUGUGCUGUGUGGGGACAGAUGGGCGCAUGAAAAGCAUGAAUAUACAAAUAUCGAAACUCCCUCAAUUGGUACAAUCCAGUUAAUUAAUGCCAAGGUGGUUGAAUGAAGAUUUUAACUGUGACAAUGUGAUAAUUAUCACAUUAAUUAUGUGAUAAUGUGAGAUAUGGUGCACAAUGCAUUGUUCUAGCUGGUAAAUUAGACCAAUAAUUUCCUUGUCAUUUCCCUGUAAUGUUUGGCAGCUUCUGUGCUUGGUGGAGCCUGUGGGUAGAGUGACUGAAACCACACACGGCAGAGCCGAUGCCAACGUGUGUUCGACCCCCUUCACAUCUCGUCCGAUGCGCACUGUUCUUAAUAGAGUUAUUAAGCACCUCAGAGUGUCCCACUGCCAGCAUGUCAGCAGCGUCACAGCCUCUGUUGCACCCCAGCUUUCAUUUUGUUGCUGCUUCUGACCGAAUGGUUGCAGUGGUGUACCGAGCUUUGGGCUAAUCCCUAUUGUGAAGGAUGUCUAUGAGUGCUCCCUCGUUUUUUGUCACCGGGGUAAGGUGGGGGAUUAACGCAGGGGGAAGACGGAGCGUGUCAGCUCUGCAAAAUCGGCUUCGCCUGUUUGUCUCCCUCCGUUUUACCGCCGGUGUGGUCUCGAUUGUACUCCUGUAGGGCAGGCGUCGCUCCUAAGUAAGAUCAUUUCUGAAGAAUUCCUUUCCCGGGCCAGACGCUUCCUCCUCAAACUGGCCUCUUGCCUGUUUAUCUUGUAACUUCAAGUAUUCCUAAAAUAUCUUUCUUUCCCCACCGUUUGUUCUGUCAUAGGCAAAAAAAUGUAUAUCCUUUCUGUUGUUUUUCAUUUUCUCCUUGUUAACGCUGCAUAUGGAUACAAAACCUCAAAGCCCAGUAUUUCCAGGCUUGUACAAGUGUGUUUGAAUUUCAGAAAUGGCUUCAUUUAACUUAAGUUACUUUGUAAAUGUGUUUUCCUGAUUCCCUGUGCUUUCAGAUAUGAUAAAACAUCAUAGUUCUCAUGUAACACAUUUCCUACUGUUCACUCAUGCAGCACAUAUACAGUAUACACAUAUUUAUCUUCAUGCUUUUAAAGUAUUAACCCUGGCGGUGGGAUCAGUGUUCUUUUACAAGAUCAAACUGUUGCUCAUUUGUUGUUUUUGGUGAGCUGAGUGGGCAGAUAUGAAUCCUCUCUGUGGGUAGGCCGGAGACGGUUCUCUCUGACCGCUGCUCGCAAGCGUUUCACCGCUGAUCGAUGAACAAACAAAUGAACAUGAGGAUUUUUUUUUACAUUUGCUGUAUAUUUCCUCUCAAAGGCAUCAGUAUCUUUUCGUGGAGGCUGCUGUGUACUAUAGUGUUUAUGUACGUACCCUUACAUGACCUUCUUACUGUCUAGUUAUAGUUUCAGGGUUUCACAUUGCAGUGCCUCAAGACAUCACCCUUACACUCCCAAAUGUCUAAAAUAUAUUACUGCUGUUUUGUGCAUUUGUCAUAUACGGUUUAUAUUUACCCUCCUUUUACUGGAUGAAUCCCUGGUCAUUCUGUCAUUGCUCUUUCCUGUUCCUAUUACCUUAGAACAGGUGAACAUUCCUGCUGUCAUCUGCUUAUCAAGCAGAAAAGCUUGCGCUUGACAGGAAGUACCAGCCUGUAGGCUUUGGUGGCACUAAAAUGGACCAAUCAGAAAGUUGACUGGGAGGUCCUCUCAACACGGAUUGAUUUUUCCACUGAUUUUUCCAGCCGUCUCAAAGGGAACAAGGACUCAGCUGGCAGACACUGGAACUCUGGCCCCCCCUGGUGGAACAAAGGACUCGCAGCAGGACGUUGAGAAAACGCCUCGCACCCGUUACACGCCACAUACCUCUGAAAUCGGUGUCAUGUGCUAACCUCUGCUUCUUAAUUCAUGUAUCAACAAGCUUUAUUUGACAGCCUGUAGAGACCAUUGUCACGAUCGCACAGCAGUUCCUAAUGCGAGUGGUAAUAGCUUCGAGAGAUGAUGUAAACCGUUCACGGUUUCUGUAGUCUACACGAGCAAGUCUUUUAUAAACGAAGAGGAAUCGGAGGGGUUUGGUGCAGAAGUUUGCGGGGACAGUGAAUCCAAUGUAACUACAGGGAAAAGUCAAAUAACAAACACAAAACGUGUGUACAUAAAGAAUAUUAGUGCAAUGAUGUAAUAGAUUACAGUAAAAUAACUUUUUUAAUUGUAAAUUAUUUUUUGUUUGUUGGCGAGGUAAAGGUACGCGUGCAUUAUGUAGUAUACACUCUUCCUACCCUGGUGUUAAAUGUGAUUAUGUUGCAGGACGCGACUCUGAAACUCAGAGGCAUUUAGCUACCACGUUUUGAUAUAUAUUGGCGUUACAGUUUCCCAGGAAGAACUUUGGCAUUUUUUUUAUCUCCUACCCCUGCCCUGUAAUAAAUAUUUAAAAAAUUGUUCCAUUUUAAAGAUGCUUCAGUCAUC